AUGGCUUCUUUACAAACCACAGCUAUUCUUUCUUCUUGUUGUUACUCUUUAAGGGCGGUCAACGCCUCCAUCCAUGUCCCUAAACUUCCACGGGUCACUUAUUCGGUUCCAAAAGUACCACUAAGAAAGCUGCAUAUUGAGGAUUUUAAUGGAUCUAUAGACACAACCCCAUCAGAGAAGAAUGCCAUCACCACACAAAUAUAUGAUAAUUUAUACAGCUCUAACAACGAGUCCAAGGCCACUACUCAACUCUACGCAAUUCUAGAGGCUGUUGCUGACAGAAUUGAAAUGCAUACAAACGUUGGCGAACAAAGGAACAACUGGAACACCCUUCUUUUGAACUCCAUCAACAUGAUUACUCUCACUGCCACAGCCAUGGCUGGUGUUGCUGCAGCCACAAGUGGUGACACUGCACCGCUUUUGGCCCUCAAACUAUCAUCCACUCUUUUGUUUUCUGCGGCUACCGGGAUGUUACUCAUCAUGAACAAAAUCCAGCCUUCACAACUCGCUGAGGAGCAACGCAAUGCUACAAGGUUGUUUAAACAGCUUCAGACUCAAAUCCAAACCAUAAUCGCUCUUGGAAGUCCUACAGAAGAAGAUGUGAAGGGUUCAGUGGAGAAGGUUCUGGCGCUUGACAAAGCUUAUCCACUUCCAUUGUUGGGAGCCAUGCUUGACAAAUUUCCUGCAAAAUUUGAACCUGCUGUUUGGUGGCCUUCAACUCAGUUCCAAAGGAAAAAUAAAACCAACGAAGUAAGAGUACAAAGCAAGAGGAAUGGAUGGAGUGAAGAACUAGAAAUGGAAUUGAGGGCAGUAGUUGAAGUGGUAAAGAGAAAAGACAUUGAGGACUAUGAGAGGCUAGGAAACAUAGCGUUGAAGAUGAACAAGAGUUUAGCCAUUGCGGGCCCUUUACUCACUGGCAUUGCAGCAGUGGGGUCUACAUUUGUGGGCAAUGGGUCAAUGGCAGCAAUAGUGGCAGUGAUGGCUGGGUCAUUGGCUUCAGCAAUUAAUGCUUUUGAGCAUGGAGGGCAAGUGGGUAUGUUGUUUGAAAUGUACAGAAACUGUGGAGGAUUCUUCACGCUGUUGGAAGAGACAAUUGAAGCAACGCUUGAUGAGAAAGACUUCGAGAAAAGAGAAAAUGGUGAGGUGUUUGAAAUGAAGGUGGCAAUGCAGUUGGGAAGAAGCGUUUCGGAUCUGAGACGACUUGCAUCAAAAUCUGCUUCACAUCGUAAUGAAUUCGCCAGCAAACUCUUUUAA